CAUAUCUAUCUAUCAAUAUAUAUAUAUAUAUAUAUGUCAUUCUGCUCCUUCGCUUCUUUGCUGUUUGAAUUAUUCCAGUGAAAGAAAGUAAGAAGGUGGUUCGACUCUCGCUGUUUCUCUCGCUUUCCACUCCUUAUAAUAUCGGACAAAACGAAUGCUAUAAAGACAAAACAUGGCGACCAAAGAAUCUCCAGUUUCUCCCGAGGAGAAAAAACCAGACGAAAAUGCCGAAGUGAAUAAAGUAUUUAAGGAAUUUGUUCGUGUUUCGUCAGUUGGCAAAAAAUUGACACCUGACGAACUAAAGCAAAUGAACUGCAAAGCCUGCGGGAAGCUUGUUCGUAAGACACUACCGAAGGAAGUGCAAACCAUUGCUGACGCCUGUGUCUUUCCAAAAUACAAAGAAAAGGGGAAACAAUACAUGCAUAUUUCAAAAUUCCCUUUAUUCAUCGCUGAUUGCGCCUAUGAAUAUGCGAAAGUAAAGACAAAGAAUACGAAACUGAGCCGAGAGGAUGAAAGUGUGGAGAAAUACACCAAUGAAUUUCGUGAGUUGAUCAAGAAAGGAACUCCCGGAGUUAAAGAAAUUAAAUCUCCAAAGAUUGUUUCGAAUUUGACCGAUACGUCUCGAUAUACGGGUUCCCAUCGGGAAAGAUUUGACAGUUCUGGGAAAGGUAAAGGAGCCAGUGGACGUGUUGAUAGAACUGAUAAAAGUGGAUAUGUGACUGGUUUUAAAGGUUCUGGUAAGUCAGAAAACCAAGGAACUCCUGUGAAAACUGCAACUAAAACAGGAACAAGAACGCCAAAAGAUACACCUGAUAAAGGUAGACUAGGGGACAAAUCGAAAGACAAGACGAAGGCAAAGGCAGCUGAAAAAUCCCCAAUCAAAAGCCCAGAUAAGUCACUCAAUUCGUCUGCUCUUAAAACAGGUACAAAAUCGCCAGAACUCGCACCAGUAAAAAGUCCAUUAAAGUCGCCAAACUCACUACCUACAGGUAAUCGUUCUCCGCAGCCGCCGAGCCCUGUUCCUGAAACCAUUCCAGAAAAACUGCCAAGCCCAAUUCCAAUCUUAAAUCCAGAGAUACCUGCUGGUCCUGUUGAGGGUUUAAACUUAUCAGAUUCUGGUUAUAUUCGAGAUUCAGGAGUAUCGCCAGUUAUAUCCAAUGAUGGGCAAGAGAAAUCUCCAAACGAUGUGAAACCUAAGAGCUCUGAAAUACCAACUCUGAGCCCUGAAAAGGCACAAUCUAUGAUACCAAGCAGAAGCCCUGAUAUAUCUCCCAACAAGUCACCAACUAAAAUUCCAAAUGUGUUAUCAAAUACAUCUCCUAAUAAGAGCGCCGAUAAAGCUCCAUCAAUGAUCCCAACUAGGAGCCCUGAUAUGUCUCCUACUAAAGCCCCAACAAAGAGCUCAGAUUCUUCACCAAGUAUAUCUCCCAAUAAGAGCCCAGAAAAGGCUCCGUCUAUGAUACCAACUAGAAGCCCAGACGCACCUCAGAGUAUAAUCCCUACAAAGAGCCCAGAAAAAUCCCCAACAAUGAUACCAACGAGAAGUGCUGAAAAGUCUCCUAGCAUGAUUUCCAUUAGCCCAGAAAAAUCUCCUAGUUUCGUAGCAAUGAGUUCUUCUGGACCUUCGUCGAGUCCUUCACCACAAAGCUCCCCUGAAAAGUCUCCAGUGAUGAAUAUUACUGAUAAAUCUCCUCAGACUUCCCCAGCGAUUAACUCGUUUGAAAUGAAGAAUGGGAAACCAGCAUGCAUGAUUCCUGUCAAGUCACCAGUGAAAUCCCCAGUUUCACCAGCAGGAGGAGACAGUAGUACUUCUGAGAAGAUAGAGGAUAUCUCCCCCGAGAAAUCUCCUCGAUAAAUCGAUGAACUGAAAAUCUCCGUGGAUCGUUAACUAUUUAAAUUAUUUAUGGCUAAGUUAAUAUAUAUAUAUAUAUAUAUGUGUGUGUGUGUGUGUGUGUGUGUGUAUACAUAUAUA